AUGCAAGUCAAUGCCUUGUCCAGGAUAAGACACCGUCUCCUCAGCCUUCCAUCGGCCUUGGUGCUUCUUUGGAUAUGUCUUCUCUUCUGGGGUGAGCGCUACACCUUUCAACAGAGUGUCGCUCAUUGUCUGUGGCGACAGUGGGAAUCAUGGCCAGGUCAUGCUCAGCCUCAUCAUGUCCUCCUUGUCGCCGACCCCCAGCUCGUCGAUCCACAUACCUACCCUGACAGACCCUGGCCUCUGUCCAGCUUAACCAUCCUCUACACCGAUCGCUACCUCCGCCGCUCCUAUCAAUACCUGCAAGAGUACCUCCGACCAGACGCGACCUUGUUCCUCGGUGACUUGUUUGACGGUGGCCGGGAAUGGGGCACUACCGAGUCGACAUCCCCCGAGAAGCGGUACAGAAAGUACGGGUCGCGUUUCUGGCUGAAAGAAUACAUUCGCUUCUCCAACCUCUUCUUGCGGUCGUGGGCCAAAGGCCCUUAUGCGAGUGCCGCUGAGCCGACAGGCCGGCGUCUUCUGGCAUCUCUACCGGGGAACCAUGAUUUGGGGUUUGCCGCAGGUAUCCAAUUGCCCGUGAAGGAGAGGUUCGACGCAUACUUCGGCCCGCUCAACCGAAUCGAUAUCAUUGGCAAUCACUCAUUUGUUCAUUUGGACACGGUCUCGUUGAGUGCCAUGGAUCAGGUUGACCCCAAAACAGGGAGUUCGGGAGCAGGGGACGGGAGUGCCGCCGCGACUUCGUCCAGCAGAAUCUGGAAACCCGUCGAGGACUUCCUCGUGGAAGCCAAAUCCAUCAGAGCCAAAGCCAUACAGCAUACAUGCGAGACCAGGUUCGACUGGAAACGCCCGCUCCCGCAGUUGCAGUCUCCCUCGAUACAGCGAGCUGCCGACGUGGGAGACUCGGAUUCAACACAGAAAACCCACUAUCCCGUGAGCUCGUCCCAAUUCCCGACAAUCGUCCUCUCUCACGUCCCCCUCUACCGAUCCAGCGAGACGAGUUGCGGACCGAUGCGGGAACGAGGCACUGUGAUACCCCUGCAGGCAGGCUAUCAGUACCAAAAUGUCCUCACCCCGCUGAUCUCACAAGACAUAGUCAAACAUCUGACCGCAGAGGAGAUCACGAUGAUCUACUCCGGCGACGACCAUGACUACUGCGAGAUCGAGCACAACGAGUUCACGGGCCGCAUCCGAGAAAUCACGGUGAAGAGCAUGAGUUGGGCCAUGGGCAUCCGUAAACCGGGAGUGCAGCUCGUCAGUCUCUGGAAUCCGGUCGACGUCAACAAGGCAAUGACUUCUGGCAACCAAGAUUCACCGCUGACCACGCCGCGGGACACGGUACAAAACCAUCUUUGUCUGCUCCCGGACCAGUUGAACAUCUUCAUUCGCUACGGCCAGGUGCUGGGCUUGACGAUCUGCAUCCUCCUGGUAGGUGCUAUUCGGUACAACCCUUCAGCCGCAAUUGGGGAAGCAUCGCGCGACCGCGACAAAUCCGAACCAUUACUGCCCACCACCGAAACACACAGCCCCGACACCUCAAAGAGCUCCUGCAUUCAAAACGGUCACGGUCAAGCGGAGGGGCAUCAUCAACUGUCUACGCGCAAAAUGGGCGGGUACGGGUACGGACAGCUCCGAAACUCUUCUCCCUCAAAACCUCCUUACCCCUACAUCGACUACGCCCGAAACAGUUCUCCUUCUCCUGGUGGCCCACACACAGGCGAGCUUGACGGUAGUGACGACUGGGGCAUGCCGAAAUCUACCAAGACCAAAACCAGAGCGCGUCAGCGCCAAUGGGGAAAGAGCCAGAACCAUCCGCCGCGAUCGAGAUUCGCCUUCUUUGGUCGCUCGUUGUGGCGAACCGCGUGGCCCGUCUUGUUGAUUUACGGGUGGCUGAUUUGGAACGGCUGA